ACACACUCACUCCUUUGCUCUCAGAUUGCACAUACAGAUACACAAACACACACACACGCUCGCACACAUUCACACAUGAGCCUAUUUGAAUUGCAAGUGAGCCGCGUUCACCAACAGAGGAGGAGGUAAACAGAAGGAGAAAGGAGAGAAAGAUUAACAGAGAAGAAAGCAAGAAAAGAAGAGGAGAAGGGACUGGAUGACAUUCACACACUCUUUAGCAGGACAAGCCUCCAUGUGUGAAUCACUGAGAGACACACAGACAGAGAGAGGAAGAGUGAGAAGAGCGCCUUGAGGGGCUCGAAGAGCGCAGAGGUGCCGGGACAGCCCUGAAGGGACACCUGAGCCCUGAAAGAAACACCUCCUGAAGUAUCAGGGAGUGAGCAGCACCCCAUGGGAGACAGAGUCAGAGGAACACCCGACAACAACCUGCUGUCGCUCCUCCUCCUCCCUCUCCUCCUCCUCCUGCUCCAUCCUCACUCCCUCUCUCAUCUGAUCCCAUCCCUCACUCCCUGCGCAGGAGUAGGAGAGUGUGCACGGAGAGAAGGUAAGGGGGGGAUGCAUGCAUGCAUGUUGUUGUCCUUGCAGAGCAUGUGUGAGAGUGUGUGCGCGUAAGAGUCUCAAAUUUCCUCUGAAUCUGUAAGUCAGCAACUUCUUUCUUUAGGUCAGUUCUUUACUUUGCUCGUGCAUGUGUAUGUUUGUGUGAUCUCUGGACGGUGUUAAAAAAGGUUGAAACAGAUGCAGGACACUUUUCUGACUGACACUAUGAUAUUUUUGUACAUUUAAAGGCUGUUUAUAUGUGUUUUCUGUUUAUCUCAAUGCUAACUGUGUCGACCACAGCUCCCAGACAUCAACGAAUUUAAUUUUCAUUUAGAAAUACAAGUAUUAAUCUGCUGUGGAGUGGGACAGGGAUCAUAGUGUAAAGGGAGAAAGAAAGUGUGUGUAGGAAAAAGUGUUUUAAGGAAAAAGAGUCAGAGAUGCAUGCAGAGAAAAGAGACAAUGAAAGUAAAGUAGAGAGGAGACUGCUCAAUAUAUGCAAACAUACACGCAGCGCAGUGGAAAAUCAGCCGGAAAAUCCUAUCAACUUCCACGGUCACUGCAUGUUAGCCCGCCAUCAUCCUGUCAACCCCCACCUUGAACCACAGGCCAUAUUUUCCCCCCACAGUAGUUUGGGGGGGACAGUGGAUCCUGCAGGGACCACCCCAUGCCAUUUAAUCUGUCCCUACUCACAGAUAACAGAAGGCAGAUGGUCCUGCCAGAGAGAUGGAAGAUAGUGAGUACAAUGUGCGGACAGAGAGCGCACACAGCACUCAACCUGCCCCUCUGAAACUGAGCCGGCUUCAACUUCUAAAUAAGAGGGCUGAAUAGAAAGUAAAGUAGACAGGAAAAGAAGGCUGAGAGAGGGAGAGAGAGGGAGGAAGAGAAACAGAGCAAGGUUGAAGUGUCUUUAAUUAAAACCCAAACAGUAUCCAGAAUAAACGCAGUCAGCUGACAGUCUGGGAUAAACAUAACGGAAAGAGGAAACUCAUCCAGAAGAAGAAGAAAAACAGAGAGCUAAGUAGGACCAUCAAAGUCGUGUGUUUAAAGGGGAGUGUGUAUUUAUUUAUAGAGGCCGGUAGUUAAGUUCACCGAGCUCCCUUGCUCUGUAAGACCAGCCUUUUUUUUUUUCUUUUGCCUUAUGAAAAUUCAAUCGGCCGUAAUUUGCUGAGGAGCCAUAUGCAUAUUUUAUCAGCAGGGCCCGGUUUGAAGAAGCAAGCCCGCCAAGCUUCUUUUUUUCUUUCAGUGUGUGUAUGUGUGUGUCUGUGUGUGUGUGUGUGUGUGUGUGUCUUCAUCUUUAUCAAGAUUGAAUGAGGGGGUGUGUGAGAAAAAGGUGCUGCGAGGUUGUGUGCUGCCGUCUGGUAAUAUGUGGCACAUUAGAACCCAUUCGCCAUGGGGGCUGAAGUAAACACCAAUCAGCUGCAUGUGUUUGACUCAAACGCUGAAACAAAUUCAUCGCAACCUUGUGGCUCUGCGAUUUUAUUCCCACCCCUUGCUCUGAUUUUCUGGUUUCACUUUCUCCUCUUUCUCUCCAUCAUCUCUUGCCUCUAAUUACUCCAGAAUCCAACAUCCUCCUUUUCUUCCUCUCCUUUCCUCUGCCUCUUCCCCUUCCUCUCCUCCUAUUCCAAUCUGCCUCUCUCCCCCUGCUGCAUGUCUCUCAGUUAAAGCUUUAUGGGUCGUUCACUCCCCUUCGUUCUUUGCAAGGAUAAUGAGCAGGCGACUUUGUAGCUGUGCGUCGGGGUUUGUGAGUUUGGAUGUGGGAGCGUCCCGGGGCCCCGAAAGACUCAGAUGUGCCUUCUGUAGCUGCCUUCGUGGUUCCACUGUGAUUGUCAUCUGAUCUAUAGGGCACAGCGCUGACAUAAUACACCUUGUUAGAGGAAGGCGGGGAGUGUGUGUGUGAAGACUGGGUGACUUUGAACAAAUGUGCUUUCUCUGGGGAGCAGGGAGAACAGUGAAACCUGUAAUCAUUCUUACAGCUAUCACUAAAACACAACCACACACAUACGCACAUCAAAACACACCCUUAAAGAAGACACACAGAGGGAAAUGUCAACACCGUAGUCAAAUAUAAGAGCUUCUCAUGAUGUAAUUUGCGUAGAUUUCUUUUUCACUUCACCAGAGCUCCUCCAGGUGUUUGUGUACUUCCCCCACACCAGCACGGCGUCACUUUGCCCCGAUAAAAUGGCCACCAAAUGCCCCACGAUGAAAGAUAUUUGGUGAGCAGACCCAUUUGAACUCCCCAGACUAAAAAUAGAAAUGUAGAUAUAAAGGCGUCGACUUCAAAGUGAUAUUAGCAGCCCACUUCACACUUUGAAAAGUAGUGUGAUUGGUGGGUUUUUACAGCGAGAGUCAAGCUGUGCCACACACACACACACACACACACACUGCAGAGUAAUAUAACAUGGCAAUUUCUUUCCCCUCCUGCAUGAAUAAUUCUGUCUGAAUAGGAUCGGAUGAUUCUUCAUAUCAAUGAAUCAUCAGCUGCUACAGCUCUUUAGUGUCUGUGUGAAAGCUGCUGUAGGAAUUUAACUAAGUGUGUUUCAGUGUGUUACGAUCUGUGUGUAUGUUAAUGAGAUCUGAUUGAUGUUUCUGACCUUUCCACCAUCAGUGUCAGGGAGAUAUCCAAGAAGUAGUGUCUGAAGGAAAGUCAAAGAGUGAAGGCGAGAGAUGGCGCUCACAUCCUUAUCCUGGUGCCUCGGUGCAGCUCUGGUGAUGUUUUGGCCCCAGACACACUUGGCCCUGGCCCCUGAGAAUGAGGUCCCGCUUCGGCCGACCACGUGGUUACCCGAAGGAAAGAUGACAGCGAUAACGCUACCCAAAGGACGAACCCGCAGGUAUGGAAACCUAUGGCAUGGAGAAAAGUUUGAGGAAACAUUAAAAGGAUUUUUUUAGCAUUAUUUGUUCAGAUUUACUAUUUUUUCUGUUCUUUAAAAAAAUCUAAUUAAAAUAAUAAUCAUAAUUAUAAUAAUGAAGCCCAAUUUCGUAACAAAGAACAUCUUAUACAGGACUUCAGUAGUUGCCAGAGGUUGGCACAAGUUUUCAUUUUCUGUCGUUUAACCUUCAAUCCACUUGUAAAUGGAGUUUUAGGUUACUGAAAGUGUUUUUGAAAACACCUUCUGAAGUUGGGAUCUUUCAUAAUGCCCCAUGUCAUUUUUCAUGUGGGUGGCAAAAGUCAAACCUUACUGUUCUCCAUGAUCAUAUCACAGUGCAGGGGGGAGUAAUUACAUGAAGUUCAAUAGCUUUUAACUCUAGGAUCACGGUUUCAAACAGCCGUUCACUGAAAAGACUGCUCUAUGUGAACUCACAUAAUAGUCUUCUAUGGUAUUUUUACAUCAGACUAAUAUUACAUUAUCACUUUUAACUGAGUCUGACAUGCUUAUGUAAGCCUUUUCAACUGUAUCUGCAUUUUGGUGCAAAAAUCUUUUUUCCUGAAAACAGAAAAAAAAAUCUUUCAAAAACUCUGUAGCCUUAGAUUUUUGUGUAAAAGUAUCAAAACUACACAUUAAAUUCACAGUCUGAAGUCAAAGUUAUGCAUUCUAAUAUUUACGUAGUUACUUUUGAAAAAUUAAAGCUCCAGUAAGAAGUUUUUGAGGAAGAUAUUUGUAGAACAGACUAAUAUUAACAGUGAUGUUUAUUACCAAGUUGUCCAGAGGCGGCGCCACAAUCACCACAAACAGAAGGUUCCUCACAGAUACUUUAACGUCACUAAUCGUUCAAUUUUAUGACUGAAUUUCCACUUUUUUUAUAACAAAAAAAGUUCAUCAAAGCUUAUUAGGUUGGGUAUGCAAAUUAACAGCUCAAUAAAGUGAUCAAAUAACUUGUAUCAAGAUUAAUAUUCAUGUAAGAAACUGAAUAUACUGAAUAUAGAAGUAAAAAACAUAAAUGAAUGAAUAUGAAUGUGAUAAAGGAACACCUGAGCUUGACCACUAACAAUGAUGGAGGAGGGAUUGCCAAAAAAGCUACAAAGUGACUGGGAACCACUCCAGCCUGAUGUUCAUCAUGUAUGUCGUACAGCUAAACAAUGAAUUUGUCCAGUAAAGAUGGAUUUUAAAGCAUCAACAAGAGGAUAAUAGAUUUUUUUAAAAGUCCUGGAUUAAAGAGGAUGAUCUCAGCAGAACAUUCUUGAAAUAACUUGAUUUGCCCUUGUUACUCUCACUCCAAUAACAAGCCACCAGCCCUCCACCAUCCACCUUGUAGACCGAAUCUGCUUCCAGCACCACUGUAGAGCGAGCAAGAGGAAGUGGAGCCCAUUUGGCCUGAACCUUACACACCAGUGCCAGUGCUUGCUUUCUAAAAGUGGGAGCUGAAAAUUGUGAUCUGCAUCUCCCUGUGUGCUGCAGUCUGUCCACCGGCGCGGUCACGUCGUAACCCACAGCAAAUAAACGAAGAGAAAACAUCAGUUCAGAAAUUAAUCACUCUGUUAAAUAAGCUGCAAAGCGCCCUUGAGAAUGACAGUGUCGCACAUCUGUUUGGAAACAAGCGCCAUCUGCAUAGAAUCAUGAAUAAUGAUGUUUGUGAGGAGGGUAAACAAAUAUUAAUUAAUAAAUAACAAUGCAGGAGGUUUAAUUCUAAUGAGGGGGAGCUGUGAAGAGAUGACACACUACUGAACAGUCUGGGCCCCAAGAUUGAUUGUUAAAUGUCCUCUUAGGCAUGUCCAAUUUGCAGAUCUGUGAACUAAAUUGCACUAAAAACACAGAGGAGGACAUUCCUAUGCAAUACAAGAUCCCAGAUAGUAACGGAAAACAGGCUGAUAUCAAUCUAAAACUGUCUGUGCAGUCUUAUCAUGGCACUCCCGGGUCACAUCUCCUGAUCUGCCGUCUGAUCAGCAUUUAGACAAACGCGUGAAUAGAAGUGUGAAGGAACAGCAAAACUUUCAAGCUGUGAGACAGAGGUAAUCUACAAAUCAUCCAUCAGAAUAAAAGGAUGUUGCGCAGUCUGCAUCAUAAGAUAUCUUCUCAUCCAGUGCCAUCAAAAAGGAUGUUAUCUUUUUGACGUUUCCUGCGAUGAAUCAAACAACUUCUCACGGUUAUCUUAACGCACACAGGCUGUUUUUCACACUGAAGAAGAAGACUCGAGGGAUGUCGGUGACUGUCAGCCCAUGUGACCUCCCCAUCGAGUGGAGCCUGGCUGCUCGCACCCUGAAGGACAAACCGCUGAAGAGCCUGCAGUGUGAGUGGGCAGUCAGACCGCACACAUACACACCUUUAGAUACACUAAAGAGAUUAUUAGGAGCUGAGACAAGCAAUUACACAUUAUCACCAUUGACAGGGAUUAAGUGGAGGGUCAACACCCCAGUCCUUAUUAACUUUGUAUUUGGAGUAGAGUUCACUUUUCACUUUAUGAUUGGGAUACAAGAGGAAUUAUUAUCCUAAAAAAGUCAAAUGAUGAUGAAGACAAAGCUUUACCCUGGAUGUUAAAGCAACACUGAUUCUAACCAAGCAUUCACACCACAGUUUCCAAAAUGUCUUGGCCUCAAAUUCUCAACUGCAUAAUAGAUAUUAGUUUGCUUUUAAUAUCAGCACAAAGAUAUCUACAUGCAAGUGCAGCUAUAGCAUUUUGUUCAAGAUAAAGUUUUCAACUUGAGCGCGAAUUCACUGGAUUCACAGUUGUGAAAGACAUUAAAUAUAAGAUUUUAGAUUUUUUUUGUCCCAACUAUUUUAGCCCUUGUGUUGUUUUCACUUUCUGAUUACCCUUCAGGUCAAAAUGACGUGGCUUAGCCUCAGCAAACACUUAAAACAAAGCAACCAAACUCAAUUUUAAACCAAAACCCUAUCUGAGAAUAUCUGGGUUUCCUCUUUUUACAAGGAAGACAGGAUGUAUUUAAUAAACCAACCACUCAUUUUUAGAGCAAUGCAGAGAGCUUAUUUCAAUAAUUAUCAUCAUGAAUGAACUGUUUUUACCAUUAAAUUUUAUUAACAAAUAGCCUUUCAGUUUUUUAAGGAAAUCUAGUCUUUGACAAAAUAACUCCCCUGGCACCUUUAAGAUUCAAGAGUUACUUAUUGCCACUUUCUCAUGUAUUCAAUCACUGUCAUAAAAAAACUAAUGCUUUUCUCACCAGAACAGUACCCAUAUGCUCUGGAUUGUAGUGUAUCUGGAUUGGAAACUGGCUUUGGCUAAAAGAGAACUGGAUGUACUCUCAUGAGCUCCACUUUUACAGCAGAAGACACCACUUUGAUGGUGCUCUACAUUGGUAAUUAAGGCUUUGAAGAAAAAUUUGAUAUAGUUUAUUCUACUAGUAAACUUUUUAACUCUGUGCACAGAUUUCAUUGAGAGAGAGAGAAAGAGAGAGAGAGAGAGAGAGAGAGAGAGAGAGAGAGAUUUUACUUUUCACAAAUCUUAAUUUCUGUAACCUUCAGAGUCAACAAAUUCUCACGAAACUCUCACAUGUUCAUGGUUUCUUUUUCGGGUUCAUACUGCUGCUAAUCCUUUGAGUAUUGUACCUUUACAGUGAAACUAAGACUCAACAGAUAAACUCAGAUAGCCUGACUACAAAGUGGGCAAUGAGCCAAAAAAAUGUUGGAUUUACUCUGCAGACAUAUCUGAAGGUGUAAGUUUUGCUAUUAUUUUGAUUUCAACACAUAGUUGAUUUGUGGGAUAUACUGUCAUCUCAUCCAGUCAGUUGUUAGAGUAGUUUGAGCCAAAAGCACUGAAAACUUCUCCCAUCUUAAUGCCUCUCUGACAAGGACAGGGUCGGAUUAUAUCUGGUUGUCACACCGUCAUAAAUUUGAUGCAAGGAUUCAGAUUGGGAUUUUAAAACGUCAUAAAACAUGGACACAUUAGCCAGAAAGGGCUUCUGUCUUGAUUUAAAUGUCAAAUAAAGAAGAAAUACGGUGCUUGAAGUCUGCAAUGUUUAAAAUGGCAUAAAUUAGGAAGAGUAAAAUAGGGCAGCCAAAUAGGAAAAUAGCUUGAAACAUUGGGCAUGAAGAGCUGAAAGUGAUGCAGCAUCGAACUAAAGUAAGUGUAGACAUCUAAAGGAGGGAGGAUGCCUCAGAGUAUUGUAUGGGAACUCUUCCAGGUGAACUAAACAGUCUUCUUCACUUGGUAUAAUACCAUAAUCAAGUCAUAAUAUGACACAUGAUUUAUUAAGACUUUGAGCUUGCAGCCUGAAUUUUUCACUUUGAUUCUGUAACAUUUGGACACAUUUAAUGAACUAUUUCUCAUCUUAAGACAGGAUGAACCAUGAAGUAUUUAUUGAUACACAGACAUGUGUAUCAUUCACAUCCCAGAAAAAAAGUGUAUUCAUCUAACUCUAUCCAUAUAGACUGGCAAUAUGGGUUCUAAUGAUAUCUCUGGCCUUUUUGUUAACACUACACAGCUCAUGCAGAAUUUUUGUAAUGAAAAUAAGAUUAUCUUAUAUUAUGUCUUAAAUGUGAAUCCAGCUACUGCUUGAAAGAAGUUCGUAGAAAUGAUGCCAAAGUACUUAUUUCAGACCUUAUAGUGCUUGAAUGAACAAAUUAUUAGAUUUUAAGAUAAAGCUGUAACUCUAGACAUACUGAUGCUGGUUGAGAAAAGGUUGUCAUAGGUCUGAGACAUCCAAACCCAAUUUCAAUCAAAAGUCAAUGAUAAAAUCACACUUGCAGUUUUAAUCUAAUAAAAUCUUUUGAGAGGUUUUUAACUGAUUGUCAAGUAUAAAUAGAAAGGACUGCCGUGCCUCUUCAUGAGCAGCAAAAGUAAGGAAGACCAUCAGGGAACCCUAUCAAUAUAGGCUUGAUAUUUUCUAUAUUACCUAUUUUUUUGUGUGCAUGACAUCUCUUUUACAGAAAAAGUGAUCUAUGAGGCACUGUUAAAAGUGCCUUUCUUACACUGCAGAAUUGGCAGCAAUUAAAUAUAUAUAUUUGGCUCUUACUGCAAAAGAAAGCAGGAUGAGAGUUUUGUUGAAAAGCACUCUUGGCUCAAGUUUGUAUCAUUGUCUCUCAUAAUAGAAAUGCUAAAUAUUACUGCUCGUGUUCCCCCUGAACCCCCAAGAAUCUAAAUUCAAACUUAAACUAAGAGAAUAUGUUAAAACCUGGUUCAUAUGCUUUUUUUCUCUUUAUAACUAUAUGGAUACACAGCCAGGACACACACACACACACACAGCUAUAAUGAGGGCUGGCUGGACAACAAAGCCAGCUGGCCCUGUUCAAAAUUCAAAUAUAGCUUAAAAAACACAUGCUCUAUCUUUUUUGUUUUAUCUUAACAUAAGUAGAAUAUAAAAAUAACAUCUAAUGAGAAGGUAAAUGUUAUAUUUAUAGCCAUGAAUUUCUCUGAGGUCUGUUCAGAGACAACAGAACUGAUGCCAUCAAUGUCUCUGAUUAAUGUUAGACUGUUUAAGUAAACAAAACAUGUUCUGAUUUGUCUAUUGUUUCCACAGGGAGCACCAAAAAGAGUGUGCCCGAAGUUUGGUGGCGAGGUCCUGGUACAGAGGAGAAAAUGCACAGCUUCACAGGAAACACAGUGGACACCUACCAGGGUCCUUCCUACCCUCAUACGUCUGUCUACAUCCUGAGGCUUCGCUCCAAACAGAAAAACACCAGAGUUACAGUGUUCCUCCAUGAAGGCCUGGGACCUCCAGGCGCCUUCCCUCUCCUCCCAGCUGACCCUCGAGUUCACACGUUGGGUGUCGGCAUGACCAGUGUCACCCUCAGCUGGGCGCCCAGUGUCUCCAUCACCAGACUUCCACUCACACAGAAAAGUUACGAAUACUGUGUUCUUGCCAACCCUCAGCAGAACUACCCCAGUGUCUGUGCUGCACAACAAAGUGUGAGGAAAGAUAAUGAUCAGAAGCAGGAGAAGAAGGAGAGGAGGAGGAGGGUGACAGCAUGGCCGAUUCUGAAGGAGUGGUGGUGGCAGCAGUGGGACUCAGAGUCUGAGAGCGCACCUUCCUCCCUUGUUGAUGAGUUUGCUGAUCUGCAGUGUGCUUGUCAGGGGACUGAAAGCGUCUGCACAGUCUCUGAGCUCCUCCCUGAAACCCAGUAUUACUUUGACGUCUUUGUUUUCGACAGGGUGAACGGGACCAGUGCAGCCUACAAGGGCACAUUUGCUCGAACGCAUGAGGAAGCUCGACCGGCGAUCACUACCCUUAGAGACGGGGAGCUGAGAUGGGUGACUUUCCACGACCAAGGCGUCCGCUCAGAGCAAUUCUUCAGUUUCCGCCCACGAGGUUUGCAGCAGAGUGGCCUCCUCACUCUGCAGAGCUGCGGCAAAGGUGAAAAAGUCAAAGUUACUGUUUCGAGUAAAGGUCAAGUAUUGACAUCAAAGGCUGUAGGAGGAGAUUUGGAACAUAUCUGGCUCCAGGGAAGUCCUACAUACCUUAUCCACCUCGAGAGAGAAGGGACUGCGACAGACCCAGCUCUCCCUGGAGGUCUGACAGCUUCUGUCAAACUGCAGACCUCCUCAGCCUACCAUCGCAGAGGGGUCCCAUCUCUACCCUCCACCUUGCAGAUAAAGUCUUUCAACCGGUUACGUGGUUGCAACAGCAUCACCCUGGCCUGGAUGGGCACAGAGGAAAGAAGCCUAUAUUGUGUUUACCGAAGGAAGCUUGGGAGCAGUGAAGCAGAGACCGGGGCUCUGACUGCACCCUGUCUGGGGCCAGAGUCCCGCUCUGACACCGAGAGAGUUCUGUGCAAGUAUUUCCAGGAGCUGAAUCCUCGGAGGGCUGUCACUACAGCUGUGAUUGGAGGCCUGGAGCCAGGGAUGGCAUACGUGUUUGAUGUCUAUCUAAUGAGACGCUGGGGGAUUCCUAUAAAGUACGCCAGCAAGAUGGUGAAGACCAGAAAGGAGUGCUGAGCUGCCGCCCCCUACAGGAGGCUAUUAGACUGUCCAGGUUAAAGGGCAAAACGUAUCGGCCAUGGACAUGAUGUAAAGACUGACCAUGAGAAUGAAGCCGUUUGACUGUUGUGGAGAGACUGUAACCAUGACAAGGAAAUUCUCCCUCUGAAGGAGCAGGGAACGGGGUCAAACUUCACUUGCACUGUUCAUGCAGGUGGAUGGAAAGCAUAUGAGACAAAUCUGCACACCAGCAAAAGUUCAUAACAUUUACAUUACAACUUCUUUGCUUUUGUCAUUUUGUUUUCCAUUGUUGAUCAUGGUAAUGAUGUGCCAGUUGUCCAAGUGCUUAUUCUGUGUGUGAGUACAAAGGACAGACAAGGUUUUUGAUGACAAAGAGUCAACACAAAAACAACAACAGAGACUGUGCCAAAUAUGCAACAGAAACAGAUGGGGUAAUAAUUGGAUAACAUCUGAGACUGGGGGGUUCGCAGUGUAUAUCUCCAGAGCUGCAUAUUGUACAGGCUUAUAAACACAGAUGGGUGCAAUCUACAGAAGCUUAGUUCAAAGUCAGUGUGUAUCUUUGUGUUCUGCUUUUGCAUGAAGCAGUGAAAAAUACUUAGUGACUUGCCUCAUUGUCUUUGAUGUAUUCUUGUGCUGCUUCAAAUGCACCAAUAAAUACUGGGGUAUCAGUGGGC